UGCGCAUGUGCAUUGCUAUUUGUUCCAGUCGGUAUUUUCAAAAUGCCGAUGUGGCUUCUUCUGUGAGCUUAUAUGCAGUUGUUUUAAUCGUGGAAAACUAUUUAAAAUGGAAGUGUUGUUUUUGUGUUUGUUUUCGAUCUUCGGGUCUGUGGUGGCAAACCAAGACGAAAGGUUACCUAAUAAAUGCGAAGUCUGCAAGUACCUGACAGUGGAGCUGCAGGCUACGCUGGACCGAAGCAGUAGGUCAAAGGAGGUGCUGGAGGUGGGAGAGGUGUUGGACACGGGGAAACGCAAACGCAAGAUCAAAUACAACACAUCGGAAACACGUCUGACAGAAGCAGUUGACAACAUCUGUGAGGGUAUCCUACAGUACAGUGUGCAUGCUGAGAGACCAGGGAGCUUGCGAUAUUCCAAGGGCACCAGUCAGACCAUGACUACGCUAAAGAACCUGGUGAAUAAGGGAGUGAAGGUGGACAUGGGAAUACCCUACGAGCUCUGGGAUGAGCCCUCGGUAGAGGUGUCAGAGAUGAAGAAACAGUGUGAGACCAUGCUGGAGGAGUACGAGGAGGUGGUCGAGGACUGGUACUUCCAUCACCAGGAGGAGAGGCUGGAGAGGUUCCUCUGUGAGAACCACAUCCUGAAGAGCUCGGAACAAGAAUGUCUGAAGGAGCAUUGGAAGGGGGACGCUGGACUGAAGGGGGCAGAGGUGACAUCAGCCCGCGACAUUGGAGAAGGAGAGGGAGGGAAGACCCAUGAUGCUGGAGAACUUUGAAAUCCAUGAACUCAUGAAAAUAUCUAAAAUAUCCCCGUGUCUCAAACACUACCAAAAAGCAAUUCAAGAUAGCUGAAUGAGAUGACAGUUACAGCUUAUACCUCAAAAACAUUUUAAACCAAAACACCCCUUGUUUGUAAUGAAGACACGGUUCUCUGCAAACUAUGUUUACAACAUCAAGACUUUCUUGCCAACAUUCACGGACAAUUGGUUACUUUUGGAGAACGAGGAAUUUACCUUUAUCUUCCUGUUUUUAGCUAUGCAUAUUUGUACAUGGAAGUGCCUUGUUGUUUACAUUUACAUUGAGAAAUUGGAUCUCACUGUACUCAACCUAUAAUUUUUAUCCAGGUUGCCUAUAGGACACUUUUUACUUUGAUGCUUUAUGCCUAUGGUUAUUGUGAAUUAUGUUGGGGUUUUUUUUUUUGCCAGUGAGUUAUGUAAUUGUCAUAUGUACAGUUUAUACAUUUUAAAUAAAGACUGUUUUCAGAUGACUUCCA